UGUUUUUUUUUGUUUUUUUAAAUGAUGAUGUAUAUGUCAUGCGCCAAGUAUGUCGUCAUAACCUUCCGCCCGAGUAGCUGUCAGGAGGGUAGGAGUGCGGAUGAACGGAAAAUAGUAAUGGCUGGACUGUGCAGAAAAUUUGUGCAAAAGAAUACAUUUCAUUCAAAGUGUUUGUCCGAGUAUCCUGGCUUGUCAUUAACAUGGAGUUUUUGGAUCCGCCACAAAUUCACAAAGUCACGAAUUCCAGAUGAAGUCCUUCAGCCUCAGCCUGGUGAUCAUGAAAAAUAUGGAGGGGAUCCCCAGCAACCACACAAAUUGCAUCUUGUCACCAGAAUAAAAUCUGGAGUUGGUCGACCAUACUGGGAGAAGAAAACCCUGGAACUACUGGGCUUGCAAAAGGCUCACAAGACAGUAGUGCACAAGAAUAUUCCUGCAGUCAACGCAAAGCUUAAAACAGUCAAGCAUUUAGUCAGGGUUCAGCCUCUGAAAUUGCCACAUGGGUUACCAUCAGAAGAAGAUAUUUCUGAUACAUUUUUAAAGAGCUCUGGGGAGCUUGUGAUUCGUAAGAGACUGCAGCCAACUGAGACAAAAUUAGUUGAAUCAUAGGGUAAAAAGCAUCUCUGGAUUUUGUUAAAUAAAGUACAUUUUUGUAUACCA